GAUUAGUUCAAUGAAGGAAAGAACUGGGUCAUGAGAAGGUAACUGGGAGAAAGGCUCUCAGAGGCCAGAAGGACAGGAAUGAAUCAGCGGAGGGAAGUGCAUUCCAGGCAGAAGGAACAAAUGAAAAGCCCAGAGGUGGGAGAGGUCUUGGCCUCUUUAAGGAAGUGCAUGCAGAGCAUGAGCCAGGUGGAAACUGGGGCAGUCAGCAGGACCCAGAUCACUGCUCUGCUUCAAAGCAUUUCAAGCUGAAAACCCAGGAACCAAAUUGCUUUACCUCAUUGUGUAAGACAAGCGUCAAAAACAGCUUCAACCUAUCUUGAACAAGAGAACUUACCUCCAAAGACCCUGGAAACCACCAUUCUACUUUCUGUGUCUAUGAAUUUGACUACUCUAGGAAUGAAAGAAGAAAAAGAGAGUGGGGUAGCACAAGAGAACUACAGGAGUAAAGGCGUAGAGACAGGAAAGGACAAGAUGCAACAGUUCCCAGCACCAAACCCAGAUAUACAACCAGUCAGCUACCAAGCGCUACGCCUGAUAAAUUAGAGGGAAAAAAAACCCUCCAGUCCCUUCACGUCGUGACGCUUGCUUCCGGGAAGCGGGCCGGAAGCCGCUCCUCGAGUCUGCGUCAAACCCGACUUCAGGGGCCGUCGUAAAAGUGUCGUCCCUGUCUCUCUGACCGGCCACAGGUUUCCGCUUGCCUCUGGCCGGGGGUCGGCAACUGCAGGCGUCAGUUUCCCUCAAGAUGGCGGACGAGGAGGCUGGAGGUGCGGAGAGGAUGGAAAUCAGCGCGGAGUUACCCCAGACCCCUCAGCGUCUGGCAUCUUGGUGGGAUCAGCAAGUUGAUUUUUAUACUGCUUUCUUGCAUCAUUUGGCACAAUUGGUGCCAGAAAUUUACUUUGCUGAAAUGGACCCAGACUUGGAAAAGCAGGAGGAAAGUGUACAAAUGUCAAUAUUCACUCCACUGGAAUGGUACUUAUUUGGAGAAGAUCCAGAUAUUUGCUUAGAGAAAUUGAAGCACAGUGGAGCAUUUCAGCUUUGUGGGAAGGUUUUCAAAAGUGGAGAGACAACCUAUUCUUGCAGGGACUGUGCAAUUGAUCCAACAUGUGUACUCUGUAUGGACUGCUUCCAGAAUAGUGUUCAUAAAAAUCAUCGUUACAAGAUGCAUACUUCUACUGGAGGAGGGUUCUGUGACUGUGGAGACACAGAGGCAUGGAAAACUGGCCCUUUCUGUGUAAAUCAUGAACCUGGAAGAGCAGGUACUAUAAAAGAGAAUUCACGCUGUCCGUUGAAUGAAGAGGUAAUUGCCCAAGCCAGGAAAAUAUUUCCUUCAGUGAUAAAAUACGUCGUAGAAAUGACUAUAUGGGAAGAGGAAAAAGAACUGCCUCCUGAACUCCAGAUAAGAGAGAAAAAUGAAAGAUACUAUUGUGUCCUUUUCAAUGAUGAACACCAUUCAUAUGACCACGUCAUAUACAGCCUACAAAGAGCUCUUGACUGUGAGCUCGCAGAGGCCCAGUUGCAUACCACUGCCAUAGACAAAGAGGGUCGUCGGGCUGUUAAAGCGGGAGCUUAUGCUGCUUGCCAGGAAGCAAAGGAAGAUAUAAAGAGUCAUUCAGAAAAUGUCUCUCAACAUCCACUUCAUGUAGAAGUAUUACACUCAGAGAUUAUGGCUCAUCAGAAAUUUGCUUUGCGUCUUGGUUCCUGGAUGAACAAAAUUAUGAGCUAUUCAAGUGACUUUAGGCAGAUCUUUUGCCAAGCAUGCCUUAGAGAAGAACCUGACUCAGAGAAUCCCUGUCUCAUAAGCAGGUUAAUGCUUUGGGAUGCAAAGCUUUAUAAAGGUGCCCGUAAGAUCCUUCAUGAAUUGAUCUUCAGCAGUUUUUUUAUGGAGAUGGAAUACAAAAAACUCUUUGCUAUGGAAUUUGUGAAGUAUUAUAAACAACUGCAGAAAGAAUAUAUCAGUGAUGAUCAUGACAGAAGUAUCUCUAUAACUGCACUUUCAGUUCAGAUGUUUACUGUUCCUACUCUGGCUCGACAUCUUAUUGAAGAGCAGAAUGUUAUCUCUGUCAUUACUGAAACUCUGCUAGAAGUUUUACCUGAGUACUUGGACAGAAACAAUAAAUUCAACUUCCAGGGUUAUAGCCAGGACAAAUUGGGAAGAGUAUAUGCAGUAAUAUGUGACCUAAAGUAUAUCCUGAUCAGCAAACCCACAAUAUGGACAGAAAGAUUAAGAAUGCAGUUCCUUGAAGGUUUUCGAUCUUUUUUGAAGAUUCUUACCUGUAUGCAGGGAAUGGAAGAAAUCCGAAGACAGGUUGGGCAACACAUUGAAGUGGAUCCUGAUUGGGAGGCUGCCAUUGCUAUACAGAUGCAAUUGAAGAAUAUUUUACUCAUGUUCCAAGAGUGGUGUGCUUGUGAUGAAGAACUCUUACUUGUGGCUUAUAAAGAAUGUCACAAAGCUGUGAUGAGGUGCAGUACCAGUUUCAUAUCUAGUAGCAAGACAAUAGUACAAUUGUGUGGACAUAGUUUGGAAACAAAGUCCUACAGAGUAUCUGAGGAUCUUGUAAGCAUACAUCUGCCACUCUCUAGGACCCUUGCUGGUCUUCAUGUACGUUUAAGCAGGCUGGGUGCUGUUUCACGACUGCAUGAAUUUGUGUCUUUUGAGGACUUUCAAGUAGAGGUACUAGUGGAAUAUCCUUUACGUUGUCUGGUGUUGGUCGCCCAGGUUGUUGCUGAGAUGUGGCGAAGAAAUGGACUGUCUCUUAUUAGCCAGGUGUUUUAUUACCAAGAUGUUAAGUGCAGAGAAGAAAUGUAUGAUAAAGAUAUCAUCAUGCUUCAGAUUGGUGCAUCUUUAAUGGAUCCCAAUAAGUUCUUGUUACUGGUACUUCAGAGGUAUGAACUUGCCGAGGCUUUUAACAAGACCAUAUCUACAAAAGACCAGGAUUUGAUUAAACAAUAUAAUACACUAAUAGAAGAAAUGCUGCAGGUCCUCAUCUAUAUUGUGGGUGAGCGUUAUGUACCUGGAGUGGGAAAUGUGACCAAAGAAGAGGUCACAAUGAGAGAAAUUAUCCACUUGCUUUGCAUUGAACCCAUGCCACACAGUGCCAUUGCCAAAAAUUUACCUGAGAAUGAAAAUAACGAAACUGGCUUAGAGAAUGUCAUAAACAAAGUGGCCACAUUUAAGAAACCAGGUGUAUCAGGCCAUGGAGUUUAUGAACUAAAAGAUGAAUCACUGAAAGACUUCAAUAUGUACUUUUAUCAUUACUCCAAAACCCAGCAUAGCAAGGCUGAACAUAUGCAGAAGAAAAGGAGAAAACAAGAAAACAAAGAUGAAGCAUUGCCACCACCACCACCUCCUGAAUUCUGCGCUGCUUUCAGCAAAGUGAUUAACCUUCUCAACUGUGAUAUCAUGAUGUACAUUCUCAGGACUGUAUUUGAGCGGGCAAUAGACACAGAUUCUAACUUGUGGACCGAAGGGAUGCUCCAAAUGGCUUUUCAUAUUCUGGCAUUGGGUUUACUAGAAGAGAAGCAACAGCUUCAAAAAGCUCCUGAAGAAGAAGUAACAUUUGACUUUUAUCAUAAGGCUUCAAGAUUGGGAAGUUCAGCCAUGAAUAUACAAAUGCUUUUGGAAAAACUCAAAGGAAUUCCCCAGUUAGAAGGCCAGAAGGACAUGAUAACAUGGAUACUUCAGAUGUUUGACACAGUGAAGCGAUUAAGAGAAAAAUCUUGUUUAAUUGUAGCAACCACAUCAGGAUUGGAAUCUAUUAAGAAUGAUGAGAUUACUCAUGAUAAAGAAAAAGCAGAACGAAAAAGAAAAGCUGAAGCUGCUAGGCUACAUCGUCAGAAGAUCAUGGCUCAGAUGUCUGCCUUACAGAAAAACUUCAUUGAAACUCAUAAACUCAUGUAUGACAAUACAUCAGAAAUGCCUGGGAAAGAAGACUCCAUUAUGGAGGAAGAGAGCACCCCAGCAAUCAGUGACUACUCUAGAAUUGCUUUGGGUCCUAAACGGGGUCCAUCUGUUACUGAAAAAGAGGUGCUGACAUGUAUCCUUUGCCAAGAAGAACAAGAGGUGAAAAUAGAAAAUAAUGCCAUGGUAUUAUCGGCCUGUGUCCAGAAAUCUACUGCCUUAACCCAGCACAGGGGAAAACCCAUAGAACUCUCAGGAGAAACCCUAGACCCACUUUUCAUGGAUCCAGACUUGGCAUAUGGAACUUAUACAGGAAGCUGUGGUCAUGUAAUGCAUGCAGUGUGCUGGCAGAAGUAUUUUGAAGCUGUACAGCUGAGCUCUCAGCAGCGCAUUCAUGUUGACCUUUUUGACUUGGAAAGUGGAGAAUAUCUUUGCCCUCUUUGCAAAUCUCUGUGCAAUACUGUCAUCCCCAUUAUUCCUUUGCAACCUCAAAAGAUAAACAGUGAGAAUGCAGAUGCUCUUGCUCAACUUUUGACCCUGGCACGAUGGAUACAGACUGUUCUGGCCAGAAUAUCAGGUUAUAAUAUAAGACAUGCUAAAGGAGAAAACCCAAUUCCUGUUUUGUUUAAUCAAGGAAUGGGAGAUUCUACUUUGGAGUUCCAGUCCAUCCUGAGUUUUGGCGUUCAGUCUUCGAUUAAAUAUUCAAAUAGCAUCAAGGAAAUGGUUAUUCUCUUUGCCACAACAAUUUAUAGAAUUGGAUUGAAAGUGCCUCCUGAUGAAACAGAUCCUCGAGUCCCCAUGCUGACCUGGAGCACCUGUGCUUUCACUAUCCAGGCAAUUGAAAAUCUAUUGGGAGAUGAAGGAAAACCUCUGUUUGGAGCACUUCAAAAUAGGCAGCAUAAUGGUCUGAAAGCAUUAAUGCAGUUUGCAGUUGCACAGAGGAUUACCUGUCCUCAGGUCCUGAUACAGAAACAUCUCGUUCGUCUUCUAUCAGUUGUUCUUCCUAACCUAAAAUCAGAAGAUACACCAUGCCUUCUGUCUAUAGAUCUGUUUCAUGUUUUGGUGGCUGCUGUGUUAGCAUUCCCAUCCUUGUAUUGGGAUGACCCUGUUGAUCUGCAGCCUUCUUCAGUUAGUUCUUCCUAUAACCACCUUUAUCUCUUCCAUUUGAUCACCAUGGCACACAUGCUUCAGAUACUACUUACAGUAGACACAGGCCUACCCCUUGCUCAGGUUCAAGAAGACAGUGAAGAGGCUCGUUCUGCAUCUUCUUUCUUUGCAGAAAUUUCUCAAUAUACAAGUGGCUCCAUUGGGUGUAGUAUUCCUGGCUGGUAUUUGUGGGUCUCACUGAAGAAUGGCAUCACCCCUUAUCUUCGCUGUGCUGCAUUGUUUUUCCACUAUUUACUUGGGGUAACUCCGCCUGAGGAACUGCAUACCAAUUCUGCAGAAGGAGAGUACAGUGCACUCUGUAGCUAUCUAUCUUUACCUACAAAUUUGUUCCUGCUCUUCCAGGAAUAUUGGGAUACUGUAAGGCCCUUGCUCCAGAGGUGGUGUGCAGAUCCUGCCUUACUAAACUGUUUGAAGCAAAAAAACACCGUGGUCAGGUACCCCAGAAAAAGAAAUAGUUUGAUAGAGCUUCCUGAUGACUAUAGCUGCCUCCUGAAUCAAGCUUCUCAUUUCAGGUGCCCACGGUCUGCAGAUGAUGAGCGAAAGCAUCCUGUCCUCUGCCUUUUCUGUGGGGCUAUACUAUGUUCUCAGAACAUUUGCUGCCAGGAAAUUGUGAAUGGGGAAGAGGUUGGAGCUUGUAUUUUUCACGCACUUCACUGUGGAGCCGGAGUCUGCAUUUUCCUAAAAAUCAGAGAAUGCCGAGUGGUCCUGGUUGAAGGUAAAGCCAGAGGCUGUGCCUAUCCAGCUCCUUACUUGGAUGAAUAUGGAGAAACAGACCCUGGCCUGAAGAGGGGCAACCCCCUUCAUUUAUCUCGUGAGCGGUAUCGGAAGCUCCAUUUGGUCUGGCAACAACACUGCAUUAUAGAAGAGAUUGCUAGGAGCCAAGAGACUAAUCAGAUGUUAUUUGGAUUCAACUGGCAAUUACUGUGAGCUCCAACUCUGCCUCAAGACAGUCACAAAUGACGACAGUAAUAAAGGCUGAUUCAAAAUUAUGGAAAACUUUCUGAGGGCUGGGGAAGUAUUGGAGGGUCUUUUGUUCUAUGUCCAGGUUCACUUACAUCAAUAAAAUAUUUCUUAAUGGAGUAUUGCUUUCAAUUAGCAAACAUAUGCUUCACAGGAAAAAAGGACAUAGAUGAAUCUGUUUUAUGUGCUAGUAUUUCCAGGAAAUUUAUUCCCCUUCAUAAUUUGUCUCAUUUCAUUUUAUUUCAUCCACUUGGUAGAUGAAGUCACGUCAAAACAGUUGUGGACAUUUUAUAUGUUGGUUAACUCUUCUGCAAUUUUGUAUUUGGUGUUUUCCCCCCAAGUUUAGUUCAGCUGACAUUGGAUCACUGAAAUUCUGAUAAUCUGUCAUAGUCUUCCUUGCAGCUAAAGAAGAAUUGCAGAAACCAUGCAAUAUACUUGAGAAAGAUUCCAAAAAUAAAAUUUUUAUUAUUUCUCUUUUAAGGAAAUACCCCUAAUGUGCCACCUGCUGCUAUCACCACAAAUUAAACUCAAUCUCUAUAUGGACAGAGGAUGAUUUCUGCCAAUGUGGAAAAGCUUUUUUCUCACUGUAGGCCUCAAGAAAAGUUAGGGUAAUGUAUUUGUUAUUCAUUCCUGACGGUACAAAGAGCUUGCAGUUCUCACCUCUGACUACCAGUAGCUUUAUUGAGUUUUGAAAUAAUACUUGACAUUUUCCAAAGGCAAAUCUCAUUCUGCAAGGAGAUUGUGGCACCAUCCUAUUUGACUCUCAGAAACCUCUUGUAAUUCUGAUGUAAAAACUGUCGAAUGAAGAUAAGAAAAUUCUCGCAAUGAGUGGAUUAUGACAACUGUAAAUUAGAACAAUCAGAUUUAAACCAAUUCCGCAAUCUUCUAUAUCUUUGUAAAAGACAAAUCCUUGAUGUUGUCUGUGUGCAACCUUUUCAUAAACUCUGAUUUUAUGACUAGUACAAACCACCAAAAAAGCCAUGUGAUCAAUAGUCUGUGUCCUGUUAUAACAUGCUGUGGUUGAGCCAUCUUGUUUAUAAAUAAUAGAGCUCUCCUGAAUUUGUGCAUAGACUUCUUGGUUCCUGGCUUUUGUUUUUUGUAUCAAGAGAUUGUGAUAUAAAACAGCAGAUAGAAGAUAAAUGGAAACCUUCCAUUUUAACUUAAGUUGUUUCUGGGGUAAUGUUAGAACCUUGAAAGACGCAUUCAAAGACUGUAUCUUAUUUUGCCCUUGGCUAUUAGUGUCUCACAUAUGUGUGUAAAUGUUUUCCUACCUUCUUUUUGCUCAGCAAAGGCAAGCAAGUAAAAUAUAUUUGCUAAGUGAUUAGUGAUGCACAUUUGGGGCUAGAUUUUUUUGGUACUUUUAUGUAAAGAAAAGUGGAUUUUGCAGUAAGGGAUUGGCAUGAGCAGGCAUCAGAAUCACAAUCAUGAUUUUCUACUUGAAUAAUUACAAUUUAGAAGGUAUCCGGAUAAAUAGAUACAUCUCUAGUGAACAAUUUGUAACAAUAACAGGUAAGGAUCAGGAAAUUCAGUAUUCAGUUUGUCAGAUUUGCCAGAAUGAUUAAAAUAUUUGAACAUGUGUGUUUGUUUCUUAUAUAAUUGUAUUGAGUGGAUUGUUUGACUGGGAAAUCUGGGCUAGAAUAGGAAACAGAAGAUACUGACUUCUACCCUAAUAGAUGGGCCCCAAUUUAGCAAAGAUAAACUGACUUUAUUUUUAGUCCUUUUUAUAUUAACUUAAUAAAUUCUGGAGUUAGGCUCUCAAGAGGACAGAGGGACUAUCUGGCAAUGGCCAGCCAGACCUUUACUGCCAAAGAACCCAUUUCAUAUUGCGUUCCACUGAUUGAGAUUGAUUCAGAUUUUUGCACUGUAGAUGAGCAUAUGUCUCAGUGCUGCCCCAGGCCCCAGGGGUUUCUCAUUAUGUUCAAAUGUCCUAGUGAUUUACCUUAAUCAUUGCAAACAAUUAUGCUUAUGAAGUUUACUUACAAACAAGCAACUGAGUCACUUUAUUUUCUUUAGUGUAGUAUGUGAAGGCACUGGUUCAACAGGAUGGCUCCAGAACUGUGUUUUUCUAAUGUUUGGUAAGGGGCUAGUGAGAAUUUUAAUGAUAUGGUGAAGAAAAAUAUAUCUGUAUAAUUAAUUUAUUAUAUUGGUGUAUGGGCUGUGAGUUCACCUUUUAGUGGUCAUUCGUCAUUUCAUAACAACUAUGCAUUUUGGUUCACUGUGAUGAUGAUCUAUAUUUAGUGACUGCAACAUGUUUAUACCACUGAUUCAAAUUCCAUCCAUGAUGAAGUUAUACAAAUAAUGCAUAUAUUGAUAACUUUUAUUGCAAAAAUGUAAAUUUAAAACUUGUAUAAUGUUCUUGUGCUUUUUAAAAUAAAAUAUAUGUGUAUAUUUAAAAAGAAAAA